AUGGAGGAGUACAAGCCGGUGGCGGCCAUGGUGGUGACGCAGUGCAUCUACGCGGCGCUGGCGCUGUGGUCCAAGGCGGCGUUCACCGGCGGCAUGAGCCCCCUGGUCUUCGUCGUCUACAGGCAGGCCGUUGCCACAGUUGUCCUCGUCCCCAUCGUCAUUGCGACCAACAGGAAGAAGAUGAAGGAGAUGACGACGGGCCUUGGAAUGGUAGGCUUCGUGCUGGUCUUCGUCGCGUCUCUUGUCGGGGCGACGGUAAAUCAGUGUUUGUACUACCAAGGGGUGCAUCUGGGGUCGUCGUCGAUGGCAACGGCCAUGACCAACCUGAUUCCGGCCAUCACCUUCGCCAUGGCUGCAUCAGUCGGCCUUGAGAAGGUGGAGGUGAGGAGGCCGAGGAGCCUGGCCAAGAUAUUCGGCACGGCCGUCUGCGUCGGCGGCGCCAUGGCCGUGGCCUUCUUCAAGGGCCCGAAGCUGCUGGGCGGCCUGCACGCCCUCCUCCACUCGCCGUCGUCGGGCAGCCGGUGGGUGACGGGCGCGCUGUUCCUCGUCGGCAGCAGCUCCUGCUGGUCGCUCUGGCUCAUCCUGCAGGUGCCCAUCUGCAAGUCGUACGUGGAGCCCCUGGCGCUGUCGGCGUGGAUGUGCCUCCUGUCCACGCUGCAGUCCGCGCUGCUCGUCUCCUUCCUCCAGCCGGACCCGGGCGCCUGGAGGAUCCGCUCGCUCUUCGAGCUCUCCUGCUGCCUCUUCUCGGGCGUGUUCGGGUCGGGCGUGACGUUCUACCUGCAGUCGUGGUGCAUCUCGAUGAGGGGCCCGCUCUACUCGGCCAUGUUCAACCCGCUCUGCACCGUCAUCACCACCGUGUUCGCGGCGAUCGUUCUCCGGGAAGAGCUGCACGUCGGCAGCUUGUUGGGGGCGAUCGCCGUCAUCGCGGGGCUGUACGUCGUGCUGUGGGGCAAAGCGGGCGACGGAGGCAAGAGGGGGAGGGAGCCGGAGCACGCGGACGAUUUGGAGAAGACGAUGACCCGGUCGGAUUCGAUGCUCGACGCCGGGAACGGCAUCUCCGAGCCGUUCCUGCGUGCGGAGGGCGAUCUAACAGAGAAGUAGACGGGGGAUUUUUGCAGUUGCUACUAGCUAGCCCGUUUCAGAGCUCAUCACGGGCACGGCUGUGUGAGCCAGCAAUUUCGGGGUCAUUGUAUCAUUUGUGCUGUGCAGUGCACUCCCAUUUUUGUCAUGGAGUUUGUUUGUUCAA